AUGCCAUCGCGCCACUCCCACCGCGCGAUCGGCGACGUCCUCCCCGGCGCGCGCGACGCCGACGCCGUCCCCGCCGCGCCGCCGACGCCGACGCCGACGUCCGUCCUCUCCGAGGUGCCCGUGACGACCGACGUCCCCGACGAGACCGUGGACUUCGACCCCGCGCGCCGUCUCCUCUUCGGCUGGUCGCUGCGGCGGCUCCUCGACGCGAAACCGCCGUCCGCGGUCGUGCGCCUGCGACGCGGCGACACGAUCGGCGACGCGAUGGCGACGCUGGCGAGGCACGGGAUCAUGUCCGCGCCGGUCGUGGACGAGGAGACCUCGCACUUCUACGGGUGCGCGCGAGAAGAGCACAUCGAAGUCGAUCUCACAGCACAACCGCCGAAAACCAAAAAGACGCCUUCCCGCCGCCCCUCCCUCCCCGCAGGUUCUGCUCGCGACGGCGACGACGCGACGCUGUUGGACGUCAUCUCGCACGGGUUCUUCCACCUCGCGGACGCGCACGGCGACGGCGCCGCGCCGCGCGCGCGGUACCACGUCGCGCGACGCGAUUUCCCGCCGCCGCUGACCGUGAAUCAGCUGCGGCAUCAGCAAGAGGUCGGCGGCGGGAUCGCCGCGGGCGUCGAGUCGUUACGGAUCCCGGAAGAGCCGCCCGCGUCCGCGCGCGAUAUUCUGGAUACCGAAAUGACCAUGGAGGACGCGGACGCCGAAGACGCGGAGAACUACGCCCCGGACACGUUCGUGCACGCGCUCGGGGUGUGCCAUCGACUGGCCAUCUUCGAUGCGGACGACGACGACGACGCGACGCCGUCGCGCAUCACCGCGGUCAUCUCCCAACUGGACAUCAUACGCUUUUUACACCGCCGCGCGGAUACGCUCGGCGGCGUGCAAAACGCGAGCCUCGCGCGCCUCGGCCUCGCCGGCGAGUCCAGACAGACGCGAGACGCGGUCGUGACCGCGCAGUGGGACCGCCCCGCGAUCGAGUGCUUCAAGCUGAUGCACGACCGAAGGGUCAGCGCGGUCGGGGUGGUCGAUCAGGCGGGCGAGCUCGUCGCGAACCUCUCCGCGUCGGACCUGAGGCGCGUUGCACGACUCGACGCGGCGUCGUUCCGCCUGCUCGCGCUCCCCGUCGCGGAGUUCAUAUCGCGCAGGAAAGGCGACGCGAUCGGGCGACGCGGCGCGCCGUUCGCGGAGGCGCGGCGCGUGGACGCGAGAGCCGCGAAAGCCGGCUACGAAUCGUCCUCAGAGUCCGACGCCGCCGUCGCGUCCGUCGCGCGCGCCGCGAGAGCGCAAAAAAAAGCGUCGCUCGACGCCGACGCCGACGCCGCGGAGGCGCUCUUGCGGGACACGCGGCUCAACUCCUCGCGGACGUUCGUCGAGCUCAUCUUCGCGCGGAAGGAGACGCCGCUGCGGCGGGUGCUGCAGCUGAUGGCGACGCACGACGUGCAUCACGUGUACGUGAUCGACGAAAACGACCGACCGAACGCGAUGAUCACGCCCACAGGUGCGUUCUGUUCACUGGUCCCCAUACGACCCCGUUCGCGUGGUGAACGCCGAUCCUUAAGGACUUUGCCCGGCGCGUCUCUCCGCGCACCCCAUGCGUUCAAUCCCCGCCAUCGACGCCUUUCAACUCCAUCUGACGCCUUUCAACUCCACCUUUCAACCCCGCCUUUCAACCCCACGGACGUGCUGCGGUUGUUCGCGGUGGACGAUCGCGAGAGCGCGUGGUGCGAGGCGUGGGCGCCGACGUACGGAGGGACCGAGGGAGUCGUCGCGUGA